ACGCGCGCUGCCCGGCCGGCGGGUGGGGGCUCCUGGGACGUCGUGCAGCCGAGCUGGCAGGCUGCGCGCACUCGCUCGCGGUGGCGUCAUCGCCUGCCUGUCUGCGUCUCCAGUCCUCCGCCUCGGUUUGGGGCGGGUCGGGAGAAUGGCUUCGGAGAUGGAGUCGUCGCUCGAGGCAAGCUUCUCGUCCAGCGGUGCGGUGUCUGGGACACCAGGGUUUCUGCCUCCGGCCCGCUCCCGCAUCUUCAAGAUAAUCGUGAUCGGCGACUCCAAUGUGGGCAAGACGUGCCUGACCUACCGCUUCUGCGCCGGCCGCUUCCCCGACCGCACCGAGGCCACUAUUGGGGUGGAUUUCCGAGAACGAGCAGUGGAGAUUGAUGGGGAGCGCAUCAAGAUCCAGUUAUGGGACACAGCAGGACAAGAACGCUUCAGAAAGAGCAUGGUACAACACUACUACAGAAAUGUACAUGCCGUUGUCUUCGUGUAUGAUAUGACCAACAUGGCUAGUUUUCACAGCCUGCCAUCUUGGAUAGAGGAAUGCAAACAACAUUUGCUAGCCAGUGAUAUACCACGGAUUCUUGUUGGAAAUAAAUGUGACUUGAGAAGUGCCAUUCAGGUACCCACAGACUUGGCACAAAAAUUUGCUGACACACACAGUAUGCCUUUGUUUGAAACCUCUGCUAAAAACCCCAAUGAUAAUGACCAUGUGGAAGCUAUAUUUAUGACCUUGGCUCAUAAGCUUAAGAGCCACAAACCAUUAAUGCUUAGUCAACCCCCUGAUAAUGGAAUUAUUCUGAAGCCUGAACCAAAGCCUGCAAUGACGUGCUGGUGCUAAAUAACAGUCUUCAUUAUACUAUCUAAUUUUGACUAAAGAAAUACUUUUGAAGUAUGACAGUGAUAAGUCAUAAGAUUUAACUCAACUAUAAUGGAUCGUCCUGACACUUUACCAUUUAUCAUUGUCAUGUUUACUUUUGUAUUUUGUAUCUACUUAAUCAAGUUUGUCACUGGGACAACACAAGGAAAAUAUUGAUUUUCAGGUGAGAUUGAAAAUGAAGCAGAUAGGAUGAAUCAGAACAUCUCUCCAUUGAGAGCCCAAUGAAGGAGGCUUCAAAUGAGAGCAUGAUGAGAUUUUAAGAGUUGGUAACUAUUCAAUCCCAUGUUCCCAGGAAUGAAAAAAGUAUCAAGUGUUUAGUACACACCUUUGAAUGUCCUUUGAAUGGGAAGUGUUCCCAAUAGGAUAAAAACUGGGAUCUGCCUUUCCACAGAGUUCUUUGGUUUUUUGGGUCUGGUUUUGUUUUGUUUUUUUAUUAGAGACAGGGUCUCACUAUGUUGCCUGGGCUGGCCUUGA